AAUUGCAAGGUAAGUUUGUCUACAUUUGAACCUGUUUAUUACAUUCCUUAAGAAAAAUUACUUUAAUAAAUACUUUUAAUAUUAAUUUUUAGAUCAGUUUCAUCAUGGAUAUUGUCAUCGUUAUGCUGAACGGGACAUCCCGCACGCUGAGAGUCAACCCAAAUGACACAGUGGGUGAUCUGAAGGAGCGCAUCCAAAAUGAGAUGGGAUGCCUCGUUUCGACGCAAAAGCUUGUCUUCACUAACGGCCAGAGCACCAAUCUGAACGACGACUCCAGGACUCUGAGGUCCUACAACAUGCAGUCGGGCUCCCAGGUGUCCCUGUUGAUUACCCAGCCCUCUACCUUCCAGGUUUUCCUCCAAAAUGAAAAGGGGAAAACCAGCACCUAUGAUAUCACAGGGGAUGAGACUGUGGAGAACUUCAAGAGGAGAGUGCAGGAAAGAGAAGGGGUUCCUGCAAACCAGUUCAGGCUGAUCCAUGAAGGUCGAGAGAUGCAGGGUGGAAAACUGACUGACUACAAUGUGAAGAAGCAUAGCACCAUCACCAUGGCUUUGCGCCUGAGAGGAGGCUGA